GAAGGUUUUGCGCGAAUAUGAAGGUAAAUUAUCUCCUCGCAUUGUUUGUCCAAGCUAGAAUCCACUCUCAUAGUCUUGCACGCAAUACUGGGAGACGCACCUCAGUCCACCUCGUCAAGCACCGCCCAGUUGAAUACUGCGCUUCACAACAUUCUCAUUUCUCGAAUGGAAACCCGCGUGAUUACCGCGCAACAACUCGCACAGAAACGCUCUGGCACACGUGGACAUGACGCCCGUCAAGCGCAGCUUGCGAUAGAAACCGAAUUCGCUGCACUGAAGACCCAGGAUCCACAGGUCUACAUCUUAUCUGACAUGGCGACCGAACUCAUUACGGAUGUCUUUGAUAAAUUUGCGCUGAUCAAUUUCGAUGCGCGGAAAGCAAAGGCGAGGAAGAUCCUACGAGGACUUGGAUUUAAGAGGCUCAAUGGUGGAUGGCGGAUGCAGAUUGCGCUUGCGAAAGCGCUAUUUGUUGGCCCAGACAUCCUCCUACUCGACGAACCAACAAACCACCUUGACCUGCCUGUGAUCCUCUGGCUGCAAGAAUAUCUGAUCAACGAAACAACUGGGGCUGACACUUAUUAUCGUGUCGCACGACCGGGCAUAUUGAAAUAUCACGCCGGGUCGUUCGCAGACUAUGAAAGCACGAGUGAGGAGCAGCGGGUACGGAAGCAGGCUUUGCUGGAUGUGCAGGCAAAGAAGCGAGCGAAGCUCUUAGCAAGCAUCCAGCACAAUGUACAACAGGCUCGGGCGACCGGGGAUGACAAGCGACUCGGGCAAGUAGCAAGCCGGAAGAAGAAGAUUGAGCGCCUUGGAAUGGAAAAGACGGAGGACGGGAAGCGGUUCAAGGUGUCUUACUGGGCCGGGUAUCACACAUCGGCGCGCGCAGAGAUUGAGAUGGAGAAGGCCUUAAAGACGGCGACGAUCAAGAUCCCAGAUCCUCCUCCGUUGCGAUACCACGGAUCUGUGUUCACCGUGAAGAAUGCGUCAUUUCGCUAUCCAACUUCGAACAGGGAUGUACUAACAAAUGUCAACCUUGAUGUCGGCCCCCAUGCUCGCAUAGCGCUACUCGGCCCGAAUGGGUGCGGGAAAACAACGCUGCUGAACAUGAUGGUGGGUGUGACGCAGCCGACAGCGGGAGAAGUAUACCGACACCCUUCACUCCGCAUCGGCUACUUCUCGCAGCACGUAGUCGAUCAGCUCACACUCACCCGUACACCCAUCGAAGAGAUGCGCUCCCGGCAUCCAGGGCUUUCAGAACAAGAGUGUCGGGCGCACUUUGGCACUGUUGGCGUGAGUGGGAAUACUGUUCUGCGGAAAAUCGCAAACCUCAGUGGAGGACAGCGGAACCGCAUUGCGUUUGCAAUCAUCCUGUAUGAUGCACCGCAUGUGCUUGUGAUUGAUGAAAUCACGAAUCAUUUGGACAUGGGCACUGUGGAGAGGCUGGUGGAGGCGCUGGAGGGCUUUGAGGGAGCUUUGUUGUUAGUGAGCCAUGACGUAUGGUUCAUGAAGCAACUGAUGGAGGGAGAAGAUGAUGGUGAUGAUGAUGAAAGUGAUGUGAAGGAGGAGAGGGCGUUUUAUGUUGUUCGGAAUGGUGCUGUGAAGCGCUGGGAGAAAGACAUGGAUGGGUAUGUUGAGGCGGUCAUGAGGAAAGUCAGGAAAAGUGAUAAGUACUAGUGCGUGCAUACAUUGUGUUACAAUUCCGACCUGAAGCUUUGAUUCGCAUACCGCAUAUGUACUUUUACAUCUUAUUCUCCCAGCUUAUUAUCCCCUGUCCUGCCUUGAUUGCCUUUAUGUUGUCCUACAAUGUUCUCCUUCUGUUAAGCACACGCACUGGUUCAAAGACGGUUAUGAAACAAGCAGGCAAGGUAAGAGCACAGCAAAACAUACU